GUCCACAUCAAAAUUGACCAGGAUAUUUUGGUUAGUGUGCCAUCACAAUGAGCAAAACGGUCAAAAAGUGGGAAGAUGAUCAGAGCGAAAAUCCAGUUGAAAUAUGUACCCUGUUUCUCAACUAUGUACACGAGUUUCCGCUUCCAAAAGAGGUCAAAUCUCGUGUAAAUUUGGACGAUUUGAAAGUCAGUGACAUUGAUAUGAGCCGCCUGCGCAUAACAAACAAACCGACAUGUCACGAAACCGAUGCAUCCGAACACAAGACCCCACUCAUCCCGAAUGGCCUACCUCAACAACCGGCAACAAAUACAAUGAAAAAGGGUUUGAAGAGUCAUGUCAUAUUUUCUUCGACAUUCGUAAAUAAUACUGGAGAGACGCAAACCAACCAUCUGCGAACCGAACGCCGAACUACUGCAAGUUGUCGGAUUAGUGUUCAUAAGUCCGUAACCAAAGAGGGAAACUUCACUUUGCAAAUCUCACCACCGGGAUCCAUUCUUGAGGCAAACGGUGGCUUCCGUCGAGAGAUUCAGAUGGGAAAAGAGAGGGAAAGGGUAUUUGAAGAGGAACUUGUUUGGUCGCUGGACACAGAAGUUGUGGUCCCUCCUGGCUAUCGCACUCGGGCCGAACUGGUCAUCUCUGAAGAUGAAUAUGACGGACGGUUCACCGUGGAAACCACUUUUGAGGGUUCAGUAUCCAUCCCACUUCGAGAUAAACGCGACGGAUCGUUAGUGUAUCUACUUUCAAUCAACGAUCUUUCGCGAGUUCUCACACCAGAACAUGGUUUUCGAACGUUGAAACACCCUCCUGGAGCUGUUGGAUUCACAAAUCAAGGUUGCUGUCACUGUCAUUUUGGGAUCAGUCAAGAAGUAGAGCUGCACCAAGAAAAGCUUUGAGGCGAGUCUUCAAACUACGCUGCAUUUCAAAGUAACAAUAACUCAGAUAAAUUUUCACUUACGUUGUCUGACAGUCAUGACACAUCCUCUGGCAAAUCCUCUGUUAAGGCUGACUAUUCAACAACAGUAUCUUAGAGAGCCUGUUGAGAACCAAACAGAAUAAACGCAUACUGUUGUUUGUAAAUGUUCUAUCCACAACUAGAAGCAAAGUAGCAAUUCAUUUCCCACCAUCUCGUUAUUUCAUUGUCAAAUAAAUUUCUGAUACAUUGCAC